AUGAAAGUUGAGCAGUCGGGUUUUAAGCGGGAAGUAGAAAUAGCGGGAAAGAGUCAUCAUCAGAUGAUCUAUUCCAGGAGAAGACAAAGAGGCGGAUAUGGUCAUUCAGCCAUUGGGAUACCUCGUCAAAGGACACUUCAACUGGCGACAUCGGAAGAAAAAUCGGUGCACAUGGCUACAAAGGAGGAGUCUUCAGAGGGAACUUCGUCCACGAAGUCAACCACGUGUGGAAAAUUUCCUUCAGUGGAUCCGGACGAUGAUAUCACGGGAUUCCGUGACCGCGUAGAGCAGUUCUUUAUUGCUCAAAGCACACCAGAGAACAAGCAGGUGGCAACGCUCAUUGCAAAUAUCCCUCCGGAUAUGUAUGCUAACCUCAAAAAGUUGUCAUAUCCGGAACUGCCCAGCAAGAAAUCGCUGCAGGAGUUGCUCAAGAUGCUGGAAAACCACUACAAGAAGAAAAGCAACAUCAGGGCAGAGCGCUACAAGUUCCACAAGGCUGUGCAGGAAGAAGGCGAGUCAAUCAGCGACUAUAUUCUCCGUCUUAGAGGGUUAGCCGAAACAUGUGACUUCGGCCAGUACAUUCCCACGAGCACAGGUGAUGCCGGAAAGCUGAAACAACUGGCUUUUGAGGACAGCCUGUGUGACAGAUUCACCAGUGGAUUGCGCAGUGAGUACAUCCAAACGCGCUUAAUCGCAGAAGGUCACACAUCAUUCGCAAAAAUGUGUGAUUUUGCGCUGAAUCUGGAAAUGGCUUUCAAUGAGGAAAAAGUCAUCCACGGGAAUGGGUCUGAGCAAAAAGUGUCACACGUAGGACGGUCCCGUGCACGUGGAAAGCAGCCAAAGAAGCCUGAAAAGAAAAGGAGCCAAAGUCGUCGUGAGGACAAACCACAGUGUCGUAGAUGUGGAAGAUAUUCUCAUGAUCCUGAACAAUGUCCUGCCAAAAACUGGACAUGUUUCGUCUGCAACAAAAAAGGUCAUACCUCGGUGGUUUGCCGCAACAAGGACAAGCAGAAGCCGAUAAAGGAGCUCUCAGGAGGAAGUCCACCCACUAUCACGGUGCCCAUGAAGAUUGAAGGUCAAGAAAUCACCGUAGAAGUUGACAGUGGGGCUGGGCCAUCUUUAAUUUCAUCGCGAGACUACAAGGGGAGGUUUGGGUAUUUAGAUUUGAAAUCUUGUAACUUAAAAUUACGUUCUUUCACAGCUCAAUCCAUCAAAGUCGUGGGAAAGAUUGAGGUUCAAGUGGAAACUCCGGCGAAGACUGCGCGUUUGCCAUUCAUUGUCGUGGAGACUGCAGACAAUUUUACUCCACUAGUCGGACGGAAUUGGCUUGACACGAUAAGCCCAAACUGGCGAUUGAAAUUUUUCGGAGAUUUAUCCGUCAGCCAGGGUGGUGCCAUAAACGUCGCGACAGAGGAUUUCUACAACGAAAUCAAACGUAAGUUUCCCUUUGUUCUGUCUUCUGACCCAAAUCAGGCGAUUGUGGGGUUUAAGGCGGAUGUGCGGCUAGAGCAAUGUCACCCAAUCUUUCACGGAGCUUAUGAAGUACCCUUUAGACUCAAACCCGCCGCGGAUAAAGAAUUUGACCGUCUGGUCCAAGUAAAAACCCUUGAGAAAGUCGAAUUUUCGCGCUGGGCUAGUCCAGUAGUCAUAGUGCCAAAACCGAAUGAUGAAGUCCGAAUUUGUCUUGACGGAAGUGUCACAAUUAAUCCUCAUGUAAAAAUGCAACACUAUCCUCUUUCGAAAAUUGAAGAUAUUUUCGCGUCACUUUCCAAUUGUAGAAUCUUCGUGAUUCUUGAUCUCAGAUGGGCCUACCUUCAGUUAGAAUUGGAAGAGCACUCCAGAGAGUAUCUGACAAUCAACACCCAUCGUGGAUUGUUCAGGUAUAAUCGUCUCCCUUUCGGGGUUUCGUCCGCAGUGGCGAUUUUCCAGUCUGUUAUGGAAAGAAUGUUGGUAGGAAUUGAAGGGGUUCGUGCCUUUUUGGAUGACAUCAUCAUAGGUGGCAAAAAUGAAGAGGAAUGUCGUCAAAGACUUUUCCAAGUGUUGGAGAAAUUCAAUACUCACCGUGUCCAAAUUAAUUUUGCCAAAAGUAAUUUUUUCGCUGACUCAGUCGAGUACUUGGGACAUAUUUUGUCCUACAAUCAGAUCAAGCCCAAUCCCAAGAAAAUUGAGGCUAUUGUCAAAGCACCAGCACCCACUAAUGUCAAGGAAUUGCAAGCCUUUCUAGGAUUGCUGAAUUAUUACCGUCGAUUCAUCCCUGAUUUGAGUGGGAAGCUCACAUGUCUCUAUCAUCUCCUAAAACAAGGAGAAAAAUUUGUCUGGUCUGACGAAUGUCAGAAAGUCUUCGAAGAAUCGAAAAAAUUGCUCACAAAAGAUACAGUCCUUGAGCUUUUCGAUCCUGAAAAAGAAAUUGUCCUUACCACAGAUGCAUCACCAUACGGAGUCUCUGCUGUCUUGAGCCAUGUCGUAGAUGGUAUCGAGAAACCCGUCAUUUUCAUCAGCAGUGUUCUCUCAGAUGCAGAGAAGAAUUAUUCCCAAUUACAUAGGGAAGCUCUCGCUGUGGUUUUUGCUUGUAAAAAGCUGUUUAAAUACCUUUACGGUAAACCUUUUACGAUCCAUACAGACUCUCAAGCCUUGAAAGAAAUUUUCAACCCGUCUAAAGGAACACCACCAGUCGCAGCUGCGCGCUUGCAGCGGUGGGCAGUUCAAUUGUCUGUCUUUAACUACAAGAUAGUGCACAAGAGCGCCAAGAAAAUCGAGAAUGCCGAUGCUCUAUCACGUCUUCCUAUCUCAGAGUCUACUGAAGUAGAAGAGUUUCACAUAAAUGUGAUCAAAAUUGUCGAGUCAGUCAGGCUAAAGUUUAGUACGGUCGUAGAAGCGUACAGAAAUGAUUCAGUCUUGAACAAACUGUACAAAUUCGUCAUGUGGGGUUGGCCUCAAGAGGUCCCUGAAGACCUGAAACCAUUCUAUCGAGUCAGGAACUCAUUGUCUACCGAAAAUGAAGCAGUAUUUUACGGUAAUCGUCUGGUCAUUCCGUGUAAACUCAGACUAAAAGUUUUGCAAAUUUUGCACGAAAAUCACAAUGGAAUAGUAUUGAUGAAGAAGCAGGCUAGAGCAUUUGUCUGGUGGCCAAAAAUCGAUGAUAGUAUCGAAGCUUUCGUGUCCGGCUGUGAAGCAUGUCAGAAGACUCAAAAUGUUCCGCGUGAGGUAGUCACCACAAAGUGGAAGGAAACACAAAUCCCUUUCGAGAGAAUCCACUUGGAUUUCUUUCAUUUUUCCGGGAAGGAAUUCCUCAUUCUUGUUGAUUCGUUCAGCAAAUAUAUAGAUGUCUUCUACAUGUCUUCAACCUCUGCUAAGGCAGUGUCCGAUAAAUUGGAAAAUUUUUUCAAGAUUUUUGGAUUUCCAACCACCAUUGUAACAGACAAUGGUCCACCCUUCGGGUCAAAUGGGUUUAAAAAAUUCUGUGAGGAGAGGGACAUUGCUUUGUUGCAUAGCCCGGCUUACCAUCCGCAGUCGAAUGGAUUGGCUGAGCGGGGAGUACAAACGGAGGAGAAGAGUGUGGAAAAGAUAUCCCACUGUCUUCUCCCCAAUGAAAAUCUCUGCGACAUUAGGGAGCAAUUCCGUGGAGAAAAAUCAUCUGACUAUUGGGAAUUGCUCAGUAACAUCUGGCCAUAUCUUUAA